CUCUGAAGAAUUUUUAAAUGAAAAAGGUGAUGCUUUAACGAAGUGUUCAAAAUGUCGAAAUAACCUUAAAAUGGUUUAUUUGAAAAAUAAAUUACAAGGACCAAUAAUUAGCCAUAUGAAUAUCACCGAAAUUGUAUAUAACACCUUAAUUUCUUUAAAUAAUACCAACGAUUUUUAUGAAGAAGAAAAUGAGGCUCAUGUUGAAACAUCAUUAGAAAUUAAAAAAUUUAUCCAAGAUAAUAUUUAUUGUUCGUCUGCUAAAAUUUGUCACCAGAUUCGUGAAAAUCAAAUUAAUGGAUACAAAUGCAUAACUAUUCAACAAACUUAUUAUUGGUGGAUUGUAGAAUCUCAAAAGCAAUAUUACCAACAUUCAGAUUUUUUAUUGUCAUCAAAGCUUUUAUUAGAAGAAUUUAAUUUGAAAAUUAUAGUAGAUCAUCUUAAUUUACCUAUUCCUGCUCUUGAAUUUUUGACGACAUUGUUUUAUCGAUUAAUUCAUAGUAAAUUUGAUGCAAUUGAAAUCGAUGCAACUUAUAGUACUAAUAAUUUAUCAUGGGAAUUAUAUGCAAUUAUGGGUGUAAUUGAUGGUACCGGAUUUCCCCUUAGUUAUCUUUUAAUUUCAGCUAGAAAAAACAAGGAUAUAACAAGAAUCCUUACAUGUUGGAUGCAAGCACUCAAGGAACAACAUUUAAAUAAUUUUCCUUUUAUUUUAAACAAAUUAGUGAAUAUAUUCGACUUGGAAAAUCUUCAAAAUUCUCAAAAUCAUCAAAUUUUAAGUGUUUUAUUCUCUCAAGACAAAAUUAUUGAGCAUGAAGAUGACUAUAUUAUUGAAAGUAGCGAUAAAGAACAAGACAAAUAUGAAUCGGAAUUGGCUUAUUUACAUGAAAUUUUAGACAAGACAAAAAAGUUGUUGGAAGAAUUGCGAAACAAACCAAAAAGACACUUGUAG